UCUUCAGGUACUCCUGCCAUGGACGUCCGGCCCGUUCUCCUUGCUCAACCGACGGAGCCUUACUUUAUUACAUCAUCGAUAGUCGGUGAACAUGUCCGACCAAACCCGUGCCGUUCUCCUUCUCACCAACACAACCACCACUAUCACCAUCCUUAUCAUCAUCCUAUGUGCCUCCAGUAUUGCUGAGGUCAUCUCACAGGACGACUUCUGUUUCCGAAAUUCUUGUAAGAAAAUGAAUUUCAAAGUGAAUGGCAAAGAAAACGGUCGGGAGCCGAACAGAAUUCGCGAAGAACAUCUUUCGCCAGGAAACAGAGGACAGGUGUAUAUGAACCGUAAGUUAACGGAGAGUAACAACCCAGAUACCCAAGACAAAACUGAUACCGUGUCCAAAAAACUGUAUGUAGACCAGACGUCCGUCCGCUAUAAAAUACAUCACAAUCACAAGUUAAAAGGUUCAAAGAAGAAAAGGAAAAAAUUAAAACGUAAGAAGAAGGCGAGGAAAAAAUUUAAAGAAACACAAGAUGUUAUUACCAAGAAGUGCAUUACAAAAUGUGUGACAACCCAACAGAUGGAAUACCAAUUUCUAUACGCAGCUCAAACAGCAAGAUCACGAGUUCAGUUCUGAAAGAAACCCAGAAGAAUGCAAGAUCUGUCAGGAAGAAGGACAAUGAAAAUGACGUGAAAGCAAAGAGGCAGAGAGAGGAGAUGAUAUCUGUGGGGGAACGUCACCGGAGUAGAUUUGUGUAGCAAUGAAGAAGGCGAUGUAUAGUGGGGAUGUGGUUGUUGUUGUUGCUGUUGUUGUUGUUGUUGUUGUUGUUGUUGUUGUUGUUGUUGUUGUUGUUGUUGUUGUUGUUGUUGAUAAGAAGUGUCCGACGCACAGAGAGAAACACUGAAAAGUUGUACAGGAGGGGUUGAAGAAAAGGUUUAGACUGCGAUGAAUAAAGAAAGAAAGAAAAAAGACAGAAAGAAAGAAAGAAAGAAAGAAAAAGAGAAAGAAAAAGAGAGAGA